AUGACGUUGCCGUCCGAGCUGUCUCGCCACAGGCCACCACGCAAGGCCCAGCAGAUCUGUGGAGACAUCGGCCACUGGCUCCGUGUGCGGGGACGGGAAGGGUUUAUUUACCCCCAUGAAGGUUGUAUAGAACUUUCUUCCACGUGUCCUGUAACAGAGUGUGCUUCAGUAUGCAUGCAAAUACAAAAUGAGGAUUUCAGUUCUCUGUAUUUACAUAAUAUAUCAGCAGCUGUAUUUUUACUGUGGUGUUUUACUGUAUUUUUUAGGUGGUACUGGCAGAAAGAAAAGAGAGCGCCCUAUGUGAAAUUUAUGGAGGCAAAUUAUCCACCUGGGUUUAGAUAUGAAGAUUUUGGGCCAUUGUUUACAGCAGAAUUCUUUGAUCCCAAUCAGUGGGCAGAUAUUCUGAAGGCCUCAGGUGCAAAAUACGUUGUCUUAACGUCAAAACAUCACGAAGGCUUUACUUUGUGGGGAUCCAAAUAUUCUUGGAACUGGAAUGCUGUUGAUGUAGGACCAAAGCGAGACCUUGUGGGUGAAUUAGCAACAUCUAUUAGAAACAGGACUGAUUUGCAUUUUGGGUUAUAUCACUCCUUAUUUGAAUGGUUCAAUCCUCUCUUUCUUGAAGAUGUCACCAAUGCGUUCAAGACAAGAAUGUUUCCGACCAGUAAAUCAUUACCAGAACUCUAUGAAAUUGUUACCAAGUACCAACCAGAAAUAAUUUGGUCUGAUGGGAAUGGAAAUGCACCAGAUAGUUACUGGAAUAGCACAGGUUUCUUAGCUUGGCUGUAUAAUGACAGUCCAGUUCGGGAUACAGUUGUGACAAAUGACCGCUGGGGAGUUGGAAGCAUCUGUAGACACGGAGGUUUCUACACCUGUAGUGACCGGUACAACCCCGGCCACCUUCUCCCUCACAAAUGGGAGAACUGCAUGACUAUUGACAAGCAGUCGUGGGGCUACAGGAGGGACGCGAAGCUGGAUGACUACCUCACGAUUGAAGAACUGGUCAAGCAACUUGUAGAAACCGUGUCGUGUGGGGGUAAUCUCUUGAUGAACAUUGGGCCCACUCGCGACGGCCGCAUUGCUGCCAUAUUUGAAGAACGCCUGAGGCAGAUGGGCACCUGGCUGCAAGUCAACGGAGAAGCCAUCUACGGGACGACGCCGUGGAGAGCACAGAAUGACAGCAUCACACCAGAAGUGUGGUACACGUCGCAGCCUAGAGAAGGCCGAGUCUUUGCCCUUUUCCUUAACUGGCCAAUCUCUGGAACACUGGCACUUGGUGAACCGCAGGCUAUGCUUGGAGAAACAGAGGUGAGGUUGAUUGGCCACAAGGAACUGCUGAAAUGGGCAGCCCUGGAAGAAAAGGGGAUGGUGGUAGCUCUACCUCAACUAAGCCUGAAGCAGUUACCCUGCCAGUGGGGCUGGGCUUUGCAAAUGACAAAUGUAAGCUGA